CUGUCAUCGGAAGCAAAAUUUUCAAACAGAGAAAACUAUAAACAAGAAAAAAUAUUGAAUUUCAUAUAAAUUCAAUUUAUCCAGGGAAUUUUGCAUAUUAAUCAAGAUGUUUAGUUAUGAAAAAUAGUGCAAUAGUGUGCUGAACAUUAGUUAGGUAUUAUUUAGUCGUGAAACUGCACAGGAGUUCACCAUUUCUGCCCAUUUAGCUAGCCUCGCCAGAAGAGCUUGGAAGCAGCAGUAGCGCCUUUGUUGGCUUUUUUUUAUGGGAAACACCAGCAGCAACAACAGCAGAAGGGCAACUAUUAAUCAUCCAGAAACAAGGAACUCUAGUGCAAAAUCAUCUUUAUUGCCGCUGCCGCCGUCGUCGUCAUUGUCAGUUUUAGAAGCAUCUCCUUUGUUGGAAGUUGGCGAAGGAGCAACAGGACACAGUUCCCACCGAAGCCAGGCACUAAAACGCGCAGUCAGCUUAGAUGGGUUCUCCAGCCGUUUGAAUGACAGUUUUCGUAGAUUCUACCGCUCGCUUUCCUGUACAUCUCUGAGCGGCUCUGGGCCACAGAAAAGACAAAGCUCCAAUCAAUCCAGCCGACGACCGUGGAGUCGAGUUUCGCGAAGAAGGUGGAAUGAGGCGGCAUUAGCAGACGAUCGCCUACGGACGAGGACUUGUUGGCCAGUCACGCAUGCGGAAUCGCUUUUUCUGCCGCAGUUUCCGGUAGAUAGCCAUGCCGAACGGCGCUACGUCGUCGUAGAAUACAUAGCUAACGGAGCCUUUGGAAAGGUGCACAGAGUGCGAAAAGCUAACGGCGAUGCUGGUCAGGAUUUUGCCUUGAAGGUUUUGAGCAAAUCAGAGAUUAUCAACGGAAACGCCAUACGCCAGCUUAAAGACGAGGUUGAUAUUCAAACCAUCUGCGGCCAUCAUCCAUUUCUAGCCAAAUGUGUCGAAUAUUGGCAGUCUAAGAAAAAAGUGUUCCUAUUAUCUAACUACUACCCAAACGGAGAGCUCUUCCAAAAGUUCAAAAGCUUUCCCUUUGAACUUGUGCGAUUGUAUAUAGCCGAAAUCGCACUUGCACUCGAUUUUCUCCACCAAGCCGGAGUUAUAUACCGUGACUUGAAGCCGGAGAAUGUUCUGCUCGAUCAGGACUACCACGUGCGACUGAUCGACUUUGGACUGAGCAAGUGGCUGAGCAUCGGUAGCCGGACGCGCACCCUAUGCGGAACUCUGCAGUACAUGGCUCCGGAAAUUCUGGAGAACGAUCCGUAUGGCCAUGCUGUUGAUUGGUGGGCACUGGGAGUGCUCGCGUGUCAAAUGUAUACUGGUGAGUACCCGCAACUUGACGUGUCGAAAUAUCUCAACAAAUCCGAAGACAUCGACAAGCUCAUAGAACGUGCCAAAGUUCGCAAAUCAACCUCUGCAUCGAACAAUCUGCUUCCGGACUCAGUCAAUGAUCUUCCUGCGGACGCGCGAGAUCUUCUCAAGCGAUUGUUGGAAACGAAGCCCCAGUACCGACUGCGUUCGUUGCUUCAACUUCAGCGUAUUGCCCUGUACAAGAAUUACAACUGGGAAGACGUGCGGCAGAAGAAGAUUUCUCCUAGGCAGAUGAUGGAUGCUGAGGCGGUCGCGCUGGGUCUGGAGGCUGACAAAUCAUUCGAUUUGUUCGAUUGGUAAUUAUUGGCAUCUCGUGUGUUGUGAGUGAAUCAACGAAAAACAGUGGUGUGCUGGUCUUGGUACUUGUUUCGCCGGCAAAGCAGCUUGAGCGUAUAAUUGCUGCAACUGGAGAGCAGCACUGCAAGCCGCGCAUUUCUAAGCACUCAAUCGUUCAGUAUAUGGCAUGAAUGUGUAUAAACAGAUUAAAUGGCAUAGUUUUGACUUUUUUGUGCUGGAAAACAAUGUAAACGACAAUCGUGGAAUGGGAGGGACGAAGAACGAAGUGAAUCUCCACGUUGAGCGCGAGAUUUCUUUCAGCGUUCGAAGUAGUGCCAUUAUUUAUUAAUAAGUGCUCAACCUUCACAGUUUUGUGGAAGAGCUCUACAAGAGUGCCUUUAAAAGUUUGAUGGAAAUGAUAAUUGUUAACCUACAGUUAAUUGACGGAGAAAACCAUCGAGCGAAAAUUUUAUAAACUUUUAACUGAAUGCUUGCUGGUGACAAUGAUGAUGACGAUUACGACGACGGCAAAGACGACAUCAACAGAUAUCGAUAAUUUGAAUAAGUUCUAGGAUAUGUGCAAACUUUUGCCCCUCAAUUCAUCCCAUUUUCAAAAUUUAGACGAUUAAGGUAUCGAUUCUUUCUGUUUCUUUUUUUGUAAUCAUGUGGGGCCACUUCUACACAACAUACAACAAGAUGAAACAAAAUAAAUAGCGCCUAAUACCUUUGAUUUAAGUAGAAGGGAAACGGGAACACAGUGCCAUAGAUGGGUAUGGUUCCCUUAUGUAAUGUCACAGACAAUCCGUCCAUUAUGCCGCUAACUGUGAAUAAAUAAUCUAAUAAAUGUA